UGCACGAUGUCGGCGCCGCGGGCCUGCGAUUUCAGGUUGUGCCGCGUGGCGUCGCGGCCGAGGAACGGCUCCGUCUUGAAGCCACGGGCCAGCUCCCGCAUGCACGAGUAAGUUUUCUCCCGUUCCUCCUCCUUGCCGGAAUCCUUGGUCUUGUCCUCAUAAACCGCGAACACAGCCGCACUGAGGGGCUGGUCCUGGCGCCUUCGAACGUCGGCCCGCCUGCAGCACUGUCGGAGCAGGGACAGGCUGGUGGUGUAGAUGACGGGAUUCCGUGCUAUGAGGAUAUGGACUCCGUCAUAUUUGAGGGCGUGGAGAGGAAUGGCGUGCAGCACCUUUGUUGGGCACAGGACAAGGAGAUCGCCUUUGGAUGUGAUGCGGUCGAGCCCCGACACCAGCCCGGCCAUCUCGUCGAGCCGCUCAUCAAAGGGCGGCGGCGGCUGGCCCUGAGCUCGUGCCGUCUCGGAGAUGGUAAGGUGCUCGCGCUUCCAUUGUCGCACCUGAGGUACUGUGAUGUCGAGCGUCGUCAGCUGUGGCUUCAAACUGGAGUCGACGGUCAGCAUGACGAUGGCCUGGCCGACAAACACCCAGUCAACGAGGACGAUAUUCUUGUCGGGUAGAUGCCCUGCCGGGUCGCGCUUGAAGAUCCAGUCGAGGUCUUGCAGUCCACUGACGCCGUCUCUCGAUACCAGCAGAU